UUCGUAUUAUGGGCAGGUGACAGAGCAAAUCCACCUGCCGACAUGGAGCAUCUGAAUGAGACAAAGGUGGCUUUCAGCAAGCCAAAAGAAAAAUGGGGAGACACUGAAGAGAGUGAACUUUACCAAACCCUGAAUAAUGAACUGCCCUGCCAUCUUUCCUCCAGGACCUCAACGGUAAGGAGAGGCAGUGGAGACCAAUCCUCUAAGAUGUUCAUUUGGACCAGUGGCCGGAGCGCUACUUCAUACAGGCAUGAUGAGAGAAGAAAUAUUUACCAAAAAAUCAGGGAUCAUGAUCUACUGGACAAAAGGAAAACAGUCACCGCUCUCAAAGCAGGAGAGGACCGGGCCAUACUCCUCGGACUGGCCAUGAUGGUGUGCUCCAUUAUGAUGUACUUCCUUCUGGGCAUCACCCUACUGAGAUCAUACAUGCAAAGUGUUUGGACAGAAGAGACCCAGUGCACACUCCUGAACAUCUCCAUCACCGAAACCUUCAACUGCUCGUUCAGCUGUGGCCCAGAGUGCUCGAAAAACUCUCAGUACCCCUGCUUACAGGUCUAUGUCAAUGUUUCCUCUUCAGGGCAAAAGUACCUACUUUACCACACAGAAGAGACCAUCAAGAUUAAUUCUGAGUGUUCUUAUAUACCUAAGUGUGGAAAGAACUUUGAAGAGUCUUUGUCCCUUGUGAAUGUCGUCAUGGAAAACUUCAAGAAGUAUCAACACUUUACCUGUUUCUGUGACCCAGAAGGCAUUCAAAAGAAUGUGUUGCUAACCAAACUUUACAGUUCCAAUGUGCUGUUCCACUCACUCUUUUGGCCAACAUGUAUGAUGAUAGGUGGACUUGUCAUUGUUGCCAUGGUCAAGUUGACCCAAUACUUGUCUCUUCUUUGUGAAAGGAUCCAACGGAUCAACAGAUAGGAGCAACCACUAGCUUCUAGGAUUUGACUUACCGCUGAAAUACUGUUGUUUUUUUUCCAUUCUUCACCAAAGAACCUUAAGUUUGUAAUGUUUCUGUUCCAAGUUCCUUAUAUUUUUAUGAAGUAGAGCAAUAACGAAAAAGGCUGUUCUAUAUGCCACUGUGAUGAUAUACUCUUAUGCAGACAAUGAGAGAGGGAAUUAUGGUUUGCGUUGGCCAUCUAUAAGAUCUUGAUUUAUGCUGCAACUUAGUUAUUUUUCUUCUUCUCUUCUUCUUCUUCUUCCUCCUCCUCUUCUUUUUCCUUUUUCUACAGCCAAAACAGGGCUCAGUGUGAUCCUUUGCCAAGCCUUGUUAAUGAUUGUAUCAUCAUCUCAGCACAAAUCUGUUUUGGAAGGUUCUCCAGGCUGGUCAUAUGUCUUCAUGUGGACCAUUUAAGUUUCACUUAGGCAUU